UAGCAGAGGGCACGGCGCCUCGCCAUCAGUCGUUGCUAUGGUUUCCAGGAUCCAGACCCAGACGGAUGUUGUGGUUUUCCUUUUUCCUUUUUUGUCGGCCGAAGUCUGGCUCUGCUGUCUGGAUCCCGUUAAAGGCGACGCCGGGAGCGGGCAAGAUGGAAAUCGCCGUAUGCAAGAGUAAUGGGGAAACGUUAGGGGCAGGCGGGUAGGCUGGACGACAACUAUCUUCACCGAGCAGGCAUCGUUUGGGCCGUGUCGUCGCAAAGCGAUGCAGAGUCUGUCGGGGGCGUCGGGGGCGGCCCCGCCCGGGGAGCUGGUGCAGGUGUGUUUCCCCGGGGCCCAGAGCUCGUUGCUGGACAGCCUCAACCUCCAGCGGGAGGACAGGCAGCUGUGUGACCUCUCCAUCGUGGUGCAGGGCCAGGUGUACCGCGCCCACCGCUGCGUCCUCGCCGCCGCCUCGCCCUACUUCCACGACCAGGUGCUCCUGAAGAACAUGUGUACGGUGAGCAUCCCGGCGGCCAUGGACCCGCUGGCCUUCGAGGGCGUGCUGAGCUGUGCGUACACCGGCCGCCUGCGCAUGGCGCGCCACGACAUCGUCAACUACCUGACGGUGGGCAGCGUGCUGCAGAUGUGGCACAUCGUGGACAAGUGCACCGAGCUGCUGAAGGAGGGCCGGGUGGCCCCCGCCACCGCCGCCGCCGCCGGGGGCGGAGUCAGCGAGGGAGGGGCGGGGUCCACGGGCGAGGGCGGCGCCGAGGGAAGCCGAGCCGGCAGCGUGAGCGGGGGGGCGACGGAGCGCCACUCCGCCGUCUCCAAGGAGGAGCAGGAGGCCCCCCCGCCCAGCGGCCCGGCCCUGAGCGAGAGCCAGUCCCCCAGCAGCACAAACUACUUUAGCCCCAGGCACGGGAGCGGCCUCGGAGGGGGAGGAGCCACCGGCACGGGGGCCUCUGGGGAGGGGGGAGGAGCUAAUACCACCCCGAGCUACUGCACCCCCUCGGGCGGGGAGGAGGCCUUCCUCAUCGAGGAGGAGGAGGAGGAGGAGGAGGAGGAGGAGGUGACGUACCACCAGAGGAAGAGGCUCGGUGGAGGAAGUGGCAGGAGGAGGAAGGGCUCAGCGUGCGAGCAGGAAGUGGGCGUCAGUGACAGCUUCGGCGUGUCGUCCUAUCAGGCGGGGGAGGAGAGGCGGGGCUACAGCCAGUCAGGCUCCGCCCCCCGUAAGCAGUGGGUGGUGGUGAAGACGGAGCAGGAUGCCGACGACGACCUCAUCCUGGUGUCUGGGGAGGAGGACGAGGAGGACGAGGAGGAUGAGGACGAGGAGGUGGCGCGGGCGCGGGAGCGGGACCACUUCAACAUCUCCAACGUCAGGAGCCUGUCCUCGGAGAUGGGCCGGAGGGCCGCCUCCCACAUGGACACCCAGGCGGACUACUGCCAGUCGUCGGAGGACUUCCUGCGCCUGGAGAGCAGCCUCAUGGAGCACUCCCUGGCCCAGCACCUCCACGAGGCCGGGGGCCUGUCCGGGGGCCCGUCCCGGGGCCUGUCCUCCUCGCUGCUGGGGCCGCAGCCCGGCGGCGGCGGGGCCCGGGGCCAGCUCUUCCCCCUGGACAUGCAGGGCAACCCCAUCCUGCUGUACAGCCCGGCCCCCGGCGGCAGCGCCUCCCUGGACCCCGGGGGCCGCGACGCCGGCUCCUACAAGGGCCACGCCCACCCCCUGGAGCACGGGGCGGUGCACCUGGGCGGGCUGCCCCCCGACGCCAUGGAGCUCGGGGCGGGGGGGGGGACGGGCGGCGGCGGGAAGCUGUUCAUGUGCCACUGCGGCAAGACGUUCACGCACCGCAGCAUGCGGGACCGCCACGUCAACAUGCACCUGGACCUGCGGCCCUUCCACUGCCCCGUCUGCGCCAAGCGCUUCAAGAUGAAGCACCACCUCACGGAGCACAUGAAGACGCACACCGGCCUCAAGCCCUACCGCUGCGGCGGCUGCGCCCGCAAGUUCAUGUGGCGCGACAGCUACAUGCGGCACCGCGCGCAGUGCGAGCGCGGCGGCGGCGGCGGCGGGGAGGAGCCUGUGCCCUCGCCGCACUACCUCCUCCCCCCCCCCCCGCUCUCCUCCUCCGAGGAGGGAGGGCUCGGGGGUCGCGGUAACCAUAGCAACGCCGGCAUGGGCGGC